ACUCCAACACCCAACCCCGUGACCUUGCGUGACAAGAGACAUCUCCUAUUUCAACGCAGCUUCGUCCUUGUCCAUCUUCUCUGUCAAUCUCAUUUCGUUAACUGAUUCUUCUACACUGCAACCUCUGCCUCUUGAUUCUCCAUAUAUAUAUAUAUAUAUACACACACACACGCAACGCAACCUUCUAUAUAAACACUCCAAUACCCACAUCGCCAACUAAGCCGUAUCACCAGCCAUUCCUCAGCCAUGGAUUCUCCUCGGAGGUCUCUCGCCAUGUUGAUCACGCUCUCGUUGCUUUCAGUUUCGCUUGCCUUGGACAUGUCCAUUAUUGAUUACAAUAUCAGGCAUGGACAAAACCCACUACCAGAAAGAAGCGAUGCUCAAAUCCAAAGAAUGUACGAGAUGUGGUUGAUGAAACAUGGCAAAGCUUAUAAUGCUUUGGGGGAGAAGGAGAAGCGGUUUGAGAUCUUUAAAGAUAAUCUUAGAUUCAUCGACGAACAUAACUCCGUGAACCGGACUUACAAGGUUGGUUUGAACCAGUUUGCCGAUCUGACCAACGAGGAGUACAGGGCCAAAUUCUUGGGUACGAGGAUGGAGAGGAAGAAUAGAUUGGGAGCGGGCAGGAGCCAGAGGUAUUUGUUCAAUAAAGGAGAUGAUUUGCCGGAGAAGGUUGACUGGAGAGAGAAAGGAGCUGUUGUCCCUGUCAAGGAUCAAGGCCAGUGUGGGAGUUGCUGGGCUUUCUCAACUAUUGGUGCAGUAGAAGGGAUAAACCAGAUUGUAACCGGUGACCUAAUCUCUCUGUCAGAGCAGGAGUUAGUGGACUGUGAUACAUCUUAUAACCAGGGAUGCAAUGGAGGUCUCAUGGACUAUGCCUUUGAAUUUAUUAUCAAGAAUGGUGGAAUUGAUACAGAAGAAGAUUACCCUUACAAGGCUACUGAUAACUUGUGUGAUCCAAAUAGGAAAAAUGCUAAGGUAGUUACUAUUAAUGGAUAUGAAGAUGUUCCUGAGAAUGAUGAGAAUUCGUUGAAGAAGGCUGUAGCACAUCAACCAGUUAGCAUUGCCAUAGAAGCUGGUGGCAGGGCUUUCCAGCUCUACCAAUCGUUUGCCUUUGAUGAUAUUCAGCAGCAAGAGGAAUAUUUGGUUUUAUGGCCUCUGAGAGAGAAGUUUUCAGUCGCUCAAGACCCUUACACCUAUCUGUUGUUGAUUGGUAGGUUCUCACGGUAUUUCAAUAUACCUUUCUUUUCACAGGAGAGAGAGAGAGAGGGAGUUUCUCGUUCAACUUUAAUAAUUUUAAGGUACAAAUAUUCUAGAUUUUUUGCAAUUCUCAAUGUAAUAUGGAGGAAGUACCAUGCCAUAGUUUUUUUUUUCUUUUUUUUUUUCAUUAUUUUUAUAUUAUUUAGUUGGAACUAAAUGUUGCUACUGAGA